AUGACGACGGAGAUGAGUGGUGGGAAGGUGGUGGGGGUGGAGGAGUGGGUGGUGUUGAUAAGGGAGGUGGAGGGGAAGGUGCAAGAGGUGGUGAGGGAGGGGAGGACGUAUGAGGUGCCGAGCAGUGGUGUUGCGGGCACGAUUGAUCAUACGUUGUUGAAGCUUGAUGCGACGGAGGAGCAGGUUACGAUGUUGUGUGAGGAGGCGAGGAGGGAGGGGUUUGCGUCCGUCUGCGUCCGCCCCGACUUCAUCCCCCACGCCCUCUCCAGCCUCAAAGGCACCCCGAUCCCCAUCGCCGCCGUAAUCGGUUUCCACGAAGGCACAUAUCCUCUGGCCCACAAACUCGACGAAACUUCUCUCUCCACCACCUCCGGCGCCCUCGAACUCGACAUCGUCCUCAACUACCCCGACCUCAUCUCCAAGUCCUACUCCAAGAUAUACACCGAACUCUCAACCCUUCGCGCAAAAGCGCCCGCCCCAGUGGUCCUCAAACUAAUCCUCGAGACAUCGCAACUGAACGCACAGCAAAUUGUAGCAGCAUGCGUGAUUGCCGAUAAGGCAGGCUUUGAGUUUGUAAAGACGAGUACGGGGUUCAAUGGGGAGGGGGCUACGGUGGAAAAUGUUAGGUUGAUGAGGGCGUGUUGUGAGGUGCUCGCGAGUCCGGAGAGGAAGAUGAAGGUCAAGGCGAGUGGAGGGAUUAGAACACUGGGGGAUGCUGUGAAGAUGUUGGAGGCUGGGGCGAGUCGGUUGGGGUGUAGUGCUGGUGUUGCUAUUGCGGAGGAGGGCAGGGGUGGGAACAAGGCGGAGAGGGGGGAUGGGGGGUAUUAG